CUCCACACAAACAAAUAAACAAAUAACUCACUCACUAGCUUAGCUCUCCACACAAACAAAAAUUCUAACAUGGCCACCAAAUGUACAAUCCCAAUAAUCGAUUUUCUCAAUUUACCCAACCAAAUGUCCAACCUUAUCGCAGCUAGUGUAGAGUGGGGUUGUUUCCGGCUGAUCAACUUCCACAACAUCCUUCCGGCGACUCUGAUGUCCGAUAUGAAGGCUGUGGUCCGAUCUCUGCUUGAUCUACCCGUCGAGAUUAAGCAGCGGAACAUCGAUGUUAUUGCCGGUAGCGGGUAUAUGGCCCCGACGUCUAUAAAUCCGCUGUAUGAGGCCCUAGGGGUGUACGAUAUGGCGUCUUCUGCUGACGUGGAUAAGUUUUGUUCUCUGUUGGAUGCAUCGCCUCAUCAAAGAGAGACCAUUAUGAGAUACGCUGAAGCAGUACACGAGCUUUUUGUGAGGAUUGGAAAGAAACUAGCUGAAAGUCUAGGGAUAAAAAGCGAAAGUAUUGGGAUAGAGAAUUGGCCAUGCUUAUUCAGAAUCAAUAAAUACAAUUUCACCCCUGAAAGUGUUGGAUCACCUGGUGUCCAAAUACACACUGACUCAGGUUUCCUCACCAUCCUCCAAUACGAUGAAGGCGUUGGCGGUCUAGAAGUCAUGGACACGUCCGGCCAGUUCAUCCCCGUCGAACCAUGGCCCGACACCCUUCUUGUUAACCUCGGUGACAUGGCAACGGUGUGGAGUAAUGGAAGGCUACGCAAUGUGAAGCACAGGGUGCAAUGCAAAGAAGCUAAGAUACGAGUGUCAAUUGCAUCAUUCCUUUUGGGCCCAGGAGAGACGGUGGAGCCUCGACCAGAGCUGGUGGACGAUGAUCAUCCUCGUUGGUAUGUUCCUACUACGUAUGAAGAUUACAGGAAGAUGAGGCUCUCGACGGAGUUGCAGGCGGGUGAAGCUCUUGAUCUCUUGCAUUAUACACCAACAGUUGACAAGUGAAAAACCGUGUGAUUCAGUUUCAAUUGGGUUUUCUUUGUUUAUUGUGUGUUUAAGUAGAGUUAAUGAACGUAAAUUAUGUAAUUGGUUUAGAAUGUUAGAAAGUUGUGGAGGCUGAAAUAUAUGACUGUAAUGUUGACAUUGAAUAUUGGUAAUGAAUGAAUAUGUAAUGGUAGUUGUUUGUUGUUA